AUGGGUAAAAAUAAGAGUAAUAUUAGGAGUUGGUUCCUGGUAAUAUUCUUUGUAAAACAUUUAGUGUCGAUGAUAAGGAAGCAAAGAAGGCCAUGGCCUAGUUCAUUACCACUGGAGCUUCAAUCCCUAGAAAUGGCAGCUAGGCUUCGUGUUGAUUCCAACGCCAUUAGUAUGGCAUCUACUGAUUUUGGCAAAUUGAGUCGAGUGAUACCCGCUGCGGUUCUCGAUCCCUUGUCUGAGGAAGACAUUGUGAAUCUAGUGAGAUUCUCUUAUGCUUCUUCCUCUGUUCCUUUUAGUAUUGCAGCCAAAGGUCAAGGUCAUUCGCUGCGUGGACAGGCUAUGACUCAAGGUGGUGUUGUUGUGGAUAUGAGAGCUUUGAACAUUAACAAUGGAAGAAUUAAUGUAAAUGGUUCAGCUAAUUUGUAUGUAGAUGUGGGAGGAGAGCAGUUAUGGAUCGAUGUUUUGAAUGAAACCCUACAGUAUGGGGUUUCUCCUAGGUCUUGGACGGAUUAUUUGUAUCUAACAGUUGGAGGAACCCUUUCUAAUGCCGGCAUCAGUGGCCAAUCCUUUCGCCAUGGCCCUCAGAUCAGCAACGUUUAUGAGUUGGAUGUCGUUACUGGGCGUGGUGAGGUGGUGACCUGUUCCAGAGACAUGAAUUCGGAGUUGUUUUGUGCAGUAUUGGGAGGACUUGGCCAGUUUGGGAUCAUUACCAGAGCAAGAAUUCCCCUAGAACCGGCUCCAAGCAGGGUGAAAUGGGUUCGUAUGCUCUACCUUGAUUUCUCGGCUUUCACAAGAGACCAAGAGUAUCUGAUCUCAAUCAAUGGUAAUGGAGGUCAAGGGAUGAAGGGUUUGGAUUACGUAGAAGGUUCUCUUGUUACAUCCCUGAGUCCUCCUAAUAAUUGGAGGUCUUCAUUCUUCUCACUGGCUGACCAUUCCAGAAUUACUUCUCUUCUAGAAACCAAACAUGGCGUCCUUUACUGCUUAGAAGUGGCCAAAUAUUAUGACCAUCUCACUCUUGAUACCGUUGAUGAGGAAUUAGAUCUAUUGCUUACAGGGUUGAGCUUCAUUCCUGGUCUCAUCUUUACCAAAGAUGUGUCCUAUGUAGAUUUCCUUAAUAGGGUUCGAAGUGGAGAACUACAGCUUCGUUCAAAAGGAAUGUGGGACGUUCCUCACCCAUGGCUUAAUCUCUUCGUACCCAAAUCUCGAAUCUUCGACUUCGAUGCCGGUGUUUUUAAUGGCAUACUCCGACAAAGCUCGAACCUCGUCGGUCCCAUUCUUGUCUACCCCAUGCUUCGAAGCAAGUGGGAUGAUAGGAUGUCAGCAGUAAUUGCAGGUGAAGAAGUCUUCUAUUCUGUUGGACUAUUACAGUCUAGUCCAACAAAGAUAAUGCAUGAGUGCAGAGAAGAUCAUCAUUUAGUGUUGGAGGAACAGAACAGAAAGAUAUUCGAGUUUUGUGAAGAGGCUAGCAUUAAGGUGAAGCAAUAUCUUCCUAAUUACACAACUAGGGCAGAGUGGAUGAAACAUUUCGGUCCGAAAUGGGAGUUGUUUAAAGAAAGGAAAAACAAAUUUGAUCCAUUAGCGAUACUAUCUCCGGGUCAAAGGAUUUUUAAUUAACUUCUGAGGCCAAUGUUUAUAGCUUGAUAUUCGUACCAGAGGGCCAUAAUGAGUUCCUCUAAUGUUCAUAUUUCACAAGUUA